GCAGGCCACCGACCGCCACCGCGCGCCAGAUCCCACGUCCACCCCGCCUCCGCGGCCGGAGGCGGCGACCGGUGUGCGUUGGCCGGUGCCGGCAGCCUCGCCGGGGCAAGAUGAGCGGGCACGACUCCAAGUACUUCUCCACCACCAAAAAGGGGGAGAUUCCCGAGCUCAAGGAGGAGCUCAACUCCCAAUACAAGGAUAAGAGAAAAGAUGCUGUCAAGAAAGUCAUUGCGGCGAUGACUGUUGGAAAAGAUGUCUCAUCAUUGUUUACAGAUGUUGUGAACUGCAUGCAGACGGAGAACUUGGAGCUGAAGAAACUAGUAUAUUUAUAUCUCAUCAACUAUGCUAAAAGUCAACCGGACCUAGCCAUACUUGCUGUGAACACAUUUGUUAAGGAUUCACAAGAUCCAAAUCCACUGAUUCGUGCUUUAGCUGUGAGGACAAUGGGUUGCAUCAGGGUAGACAAAAUCACAGAGUAUCUGUGCGAUCCUCUUCAAAGAUGCCUCAAGGAUGAUGAUCCAUAUGUGCGGAAGACAGCAGCUAUCUGUGUUGCUAAGCUGUAUGAUAUAAAUGCUGAGCUAGUGGAGGACAGAGGCUUUCUAGAGGCCCUGAAGGACUUAAUUUCUGACAAUAAUCCGAUGGUAGUUGCAAAUGCUGUUGCUGCGCUGGCAGAGAUUCAAGAGAGCAGUGCUCGCCCAAUCUUUGAGAUCACCAGCCAUACGUUGACGAAGCUUCUGACUGCUCUGAAUGAAUGCACAGAGUGGGGACAAGUUUUCAUUCUUGAUUCUCUGUCAAGGUACAAAGCAACUGAUGCCAGGGAUGCAGAAAAUAUAGUGGAACGAGUUACACCUCGUCUCCAACAUGCGAAUUGUGCAGUUGUCCUUUCUGCUGUCAAGAUAAUCCUUCUACAAAUGGAGCUCAUUACUAGCACAGAUGUUGUCCGGAAUCUCUGCAAGAAAAUGGCACCGCCUCUUGUUACACUCCUGUCGGCAGAGCCCGAGAUUCAGUAUGUAGCACUGAGGAACAUCAAUCUGAUUGUUCAAAAAAGACCUACAAUACUCGCACAUGAAAUUAAGGUCUUCUUUUGCAAGUACAAUGACCCAAUUUAUGUCAAGAUGGAAAAGUUGGAGAUUAUGAUAAAGCUUGCCUCAGAUCGGAAUAUUGAUCAGGUACUAUUGGAGUUUAAGGAGUAUGCCACAGAGGUGGACGUUGAUUUUGUCAGGAAAGCUGUCCGUGCUAUUGGAAGAUGUGCAAUUAAAUUGGACAGAGCUGCUGAAAGGUGCAUCAGUGUUUUGCUAGAGCUGAUUAAGAUAAAGGUUAAUUAUGUUGUACAGGAAGCCAUCAUUGUUAUCAAGGAUAUCUUUAGACGCUACCCUAACACGUAUGAGUCUAUCAUUGCAACACUUUGCGAAAGUUUGGACAAUCUAGAUGAACCAGAGGCUAAGGCAUCAAUGAUUUGGAUAAUUGGAGAAUAUGCUGAAAGAAUUGACAAUGCUGACGAACUCCUUGAGAGCUUCUUGGAAUCAUUUCCAGAAGAACCAGCAUUAGUGCAACUGCAGUUGCUAACAGCAACUGUCAAAUUGUUUCUUAAGAAGCCAACCGAGGGGCCCCAGCAGAUGAUUCAGGCUGUUCUCAAUAAUGCAACAGUUGAAACAGACAAUCCUGAUUUGCGCGAUCGAGCUUACAUAUACUGGCGCCUUCUUUCUACUGAUCCAGAGGCAGCCAAAGAUGUUGUUCUCGCAGAGAAGCCUGUGAUCAGUGAUGACUCUAACCAGCUUGACUCUUCACUUCUUGAUGAGUUACUAGCAAACAUUUCUACUCUAUCCUCAGUUUAUCACAAGCCUCCAGAAGCAUUCAUCAGCCGUGUUAAGGCAGCUCCUAGGGCAGAUGAUGAGGAGUUUGCUGAUGCUGGAGAAGCAGGGUAUUCAGAGUCGCCGUCUCAGGGAGUUGAUGGGGCAUCACCUUCCUCUAGUACUGGCACUUCAUCGAAUGUGCCGGUGAAGCAGCCAGCUGCUCCUGCUCCGAUCCCAGAUCUCCUAGGUGAUUUAAUGGGUUUGGAUAAUGCCCUGGUUCCUGUUGACGAGCCUACGGCGCUUUCAGGACCUCCACUACCUGUUGUAUUACCUUCUACCACUGGCCAAGGACUCCAGAUUAGCGCACAACUAGUGCGGCGCGAUGGCCAGAUAUUCUAUGAUAUAUCUUUUGAGAAUGGCACCCAGAGUGUAUUGGAUGGAUUUAUGAUCCAGUUUAACAAGAAUACAUUUGGUCUUGCAGCUGGUGGACCACUUCAGGUUACUCCAUUGCAACCUGGGGCAUCAGCCAGGACACUACUUCCUAUGGUUUUUUCCCAGAAUGUCUCUCCUGGGGCACCAAACUCGCUACUGCAGGUUGCGGUGAAAAAUAAUCAGCAACCAGUGUGGUAUUUCAGUGACAAAGGCUCACUGCAUGUCUUCUUUGGUGAAGAUGGCAAAAUGGAGAGAACAAGUUUUCUUGAAGCAUGGAAAUCUUUGCCUGAUGACAACGAAUUUUCAAAAGAAUACCCCAACUCUGUCAUCAACAGCAUAGAUGCUACCAUCGAGAACCUUGCAGCAUCAAAUGUGUUCUUUAUUGCCAAGCGGAAAAAUGCAAACAUGGAUGUGCUGUAUUUGUCCGCGAAGAUUCCACGUGGAAUUCCGUUCCUGAUAGAGCUUACUGCUGCAGUUGGUGUUCCUGGCGCAAAGUGUGCAGUCAAAACUCCUAACAAGGAGUUUGUGCCCCUAUUCUUUGAAGCUAUGGAGCCUCUUAUCAAGUGACGUGGAACUCAACGCUAUAGUUGUUCCUCCAAAAUUGAUCACCUACCAGAGGUCUUUGAUGGGCCAUUGUUUCGUGGAAGUUAGUGUGAAUUGUAUUUGUUGUUUUUUGUAUUAGAAAACAGUAUUUAAACAUGCCAGUUUCCUGGUCGCAAAGUUUUCCUCUAGGGAUACUCAACAUGGUGAUGUUGUCUUGCAUAAAUUGUAUAUCUUGCCUUGCUGUACCUGAACAAAUUUUUGCUACGCCAUAGCAUAUGAAAAUAUGACUAGUUUUGAACA